CUCAGGUCUGUUGCAGAGUUCUUUUCGCAGGGUCCACUUUUCUUCUGCCAUGCGCACCAGUCUGAUUUCCCCUGAUUGGCAAAUGAAUGGGAGGACAAAAUCCUGAAUUUUUUCGAAUAUGUUGCCUUUCUAUAGCUAGUAUUGAUGUUAAUUUAUUUAAACCCUCAGAAUCCUGAAGCUGCACGCUCCCCUUGGAGGUGUGGCGUCUAACGCGGUGGACAUGGCGCGGUACAUGCAGCUCCACCUGAACGGAGGGAAGGGACCGGACGGACGGACCAUGGUGCCUGAUGAUCUAUUCAGAGAGUUACACACGGUACAGUUCUUCAAGCCGUACGAGCCAAACAAGGAACUCUACCGGCCACAGUACCCGGUUGGAGCAAGAAACAUCGGAGAAGCACUCGGUCUGGAAGUUGCUGAUUACAGAGGGUACAGAAGGGUGUAUUAUUUUGGACUUUCCGCGGGCUUUACGUCUCUGAUGUCGUUAUUUCCGGACCAAUCAGGGGGUGUGUUCACCGUUUUGAAUGGCCCAGAGUUUCCACUGAGCGUUUACAUGGACGUCCACAGCACCCUACACUAUCGUGUUGCAGACAUGUUACUCGGUUUGGAGCCAUGGCUGAACACUACCACCGCCUGUAGCUUCCCACAACCCUGGGUUACAUCCAGCUCCUCGGUUACAUACAACGCUGACGACACUGAUGACACCAUGCCUUCCGCAUAUUCUCUCGACUUCCCACGAGACAAACGAGACUACGAGGGCACGUUCGGUAACCCCAUAUUCGGUAACCUUACCAUUCGGCUCAACUCAACAGAUGGAACUUUACGUUUUAAACAUGGUCUGAUUGGCCAUGGGAUAAUCCUUCCACUAGCGACAACUUCUGGCAACAGGGUACUGCUCAAUGGGCCCAUAAGGCUAUUGGCGCCCGUUGCUGCUUAUUUUGAGGAAACGCAAGGGGGCGCCAUUAACCGUCUGGUGAUACCAGUCACCUCUGCAGAGCCUUCCGUUGUGUUUGAAAGAGGCCUGAAACUUACGGAUGUAGACGAGCUACCAACAGCUGGGGGAUGUACUGUCUCUGGUGCUGAAGCUACUGUCUAUGAUAUGUGGCCCUAUGAUCUGCAGCUUGGGGUUGCGUUUAUAGUUUUUGCCUUCAAAUUCAUUUAGUCUGUGACACGUAAUCCUUUUGAGCGAAAUGCGGGUAAUAAUAAUAUACAUUUCAUAGAAAACCAUGUACAAACAAAAUCACAACAUCACUUUCAUAAAAUUUUGAUUUCAGGUCGCAAACCUGUAAAAUUCCCAUCACUGCUUUCCAUCAUACAUCACUCACUUAGCAUUAUGGUAAACAAAAUGGCGGCCCACAUAGAAUUACUAAACUAAUACAUUUUUUUGCUAUCGUAACCUUGUUACUAUUUGUUUAUACCACAUAACUGGUAAGGUUUAGACACAAUAAAUGCUUUUCGUAUAUACCAAAUAACAAUAUUCAUUAUGCUAUCAAAGAUAUACGAAUCAUUUGUCGCAGAUUAAAUGCAGAAAUGGGAAGGUACAUUUGCCACAAAAUGACCCGUGGCCGCAUGUUGUUGAACACCAAGGUCACUUAAAAUGGGUUAUUGAAAAAAGCUAAUAAAUGCUCAACUUCAUUCAGUUGAUCGAAAUAAAUUAGAAUUGCAUGUAUAUCUAGAACAUAUGCCAUACUCAAAUAUUAUGGUAUACCUGCUUAGCUUGAGCAUUUACUGCGUGUAUCUUACUUGCAAGCCUUACGAAAUAUUUUGUACUUUUGUUUGUCAAUUUGUAUCUUUAUUGAUUCGCACACCAAAAAAUAUUACAUUGUACAAAACACAAAAGCGAUGGAUAAAAA